UUGUUUCAGUUCAGUUUUCCAUUCGAAACCCGAGUUCGGGUCCAGGUUACACAUUUGGACGUGACCGUUCCCGGACAACCCAUACAUACCUGCGCACACUAUCAUUGGUUAGAUUGGCCAGAUCGAGGUGUUCCAGAGGCUGAUUUAGCACCGAUAGCAUUACUUGGUAAACUUAAAGAUAGCAUAACUCCAAUAAUCGUCCACUGCUCGGCAGGUAUUGGUCGAACUGGAUCAAUAGUGCUGAUUCAACACGCUCUAGAACUUCUGCAACGAAAUCAGCCUUUACUGGAGAUCUCCACCUAUCUGCUCGAAUUGCGCAAGCAGCGGAAUAACAGCAUACAGAGACCGGCUUUUGUUCUCCCUUACGACUUCCUUCUGAACAAUAUCAUCCCUCCCCCUGACUACGGAUUAGGGGUACAGGCCAUAUCUGAGGGGUAA